UCAGCUGACUAUUACGUUAACAACCACAUUUAAUAUUUUUGUUUAUUUAAUUAAUUAGAGCAAAUAUCCUGGCGGUAUGACUUAAAGUAGGGUCUAUUCCAUAUUUUUAAGACAUGACAGCUGAACUGAGCCUGGACUCGGCCUCUGGUCCAAUGGAAAUCACCAUUCAAGAGCCGGUCAACAAAUUGAAAUUUCUACAUGCACUUGUUGCGGGAGGAGUGGCUGGCAUGGUGGUGGACAUCGCCCUCUUUCCCAUAGAUACAGUUAAGACCCGACUGCAAAGCGAACUGGGCUUUUGGAGGGCAGGCGGCUUCAGAGGCAUCUACAAAGGACUGGCUCCUGCGGCUGCGGGAAGCGCUCCCACUGCGGCCCUGUUUUUCUGCACCUAUGAAUGCGGAAAGCAGUUUCUCAGUUCUAUAACCCAAACCAAAGAUUCACCAUAUGUGCACAUGGCAGCGGCUUCAGCAGCUGAAGUGUUGGCUUGUUUAAUUCGCGUUCCCGUGGAAAUUGCCAAACAACGCUCCCAAACACUUAUGGGCAACAAACAGUCUGGCCUGCAAAUCUUGCUUCGAGCGUAUCGCACUGAGGGAUUGCAACGGGGUCUCUACAGGGGAUUCGGCUCCACUAUUAUGCGGGAGAUUCCAUUCAGUCUGAUACAAUUUCCCCUCUGGGAGUACUUUAAGCUACAAUGGACUCCCUUUACCGGUUACGAAUCGACUCCAUUUUCGGUUGCGCUUUGUGGAGCCAUUGCUGGAGGCAUAUCAGCGGGACUGACAACACCACUUGAUGUGGUCAAAACCCGAAUCAUGCUAGCUGAAAAGGAAAGUCUAAAUCGGCGUCGCAGUGCCCGGAGCAUUUUGCAUGGCAUUUAUGUAGAGCGUGGCUUUGCCGGUCUGUUUGCUGGUUUUGUGCCUCGGGUGAUGUGGAUCACACUUGGCGGCGCUUUCUUCUUUGGUUUCUACGACCUGACGACGCGAAUCCUGAAUGCAACCAAUACGGAUCAUUAAAAAUAGGGCUAUUUUCGUUGUACUUGUAUUAGAGGCACAUAGUAGUAACUUAACCGAUGACAACCACCGUUUGGAGACAACGUGGACAAUAAAGUUUAUAUGUAUGUAUGUA